AUGAUAACCGCUACACUCCGGAAACGCCAUAAUGGAAAGCAAGUGGACAGAAGGUUGUCCAGGAAUGCUUUCCAGAUCAAGUCUUUCACAUCCCUGCGCUUCCUGUCGGAGCCCUCGGAUGCCGUCACUAUGCGCGGAGGGAACGUCCUCCUGAACUGCUCCGCGGAGUCUGACCGGGGAGUCCCCGUCAUCAAGUGGAGGAAAGACGGCAUCCACCUCGCCUUGGGAAUGGACGAAAGGAAGCAGCAACUUCCAAAUGGGUCUCUGUUGAUACAAAACAUACUUCACUCCAGGCACCAUAAGCCAGACGAGGGACUUUAUCAAUGUGAGGCGUCUUUAGCGGACGCUGGGUCAAUUGUUAGUCGGACAGCAAGAGUUGCAGUAGCAGGACCGCUGAGGUUCCUCUCCCAGACAGAAUCUAUCACUGCUUUCAUGGGCGACACAGUGUUACUCAAGUGUGAAGUCAUUGGGGAGCCGAUGCCAACCAUACACUGGCAGAAAAACCAGCAGGACCUGACUCCUGUCCCUGGUGACUCCCGGGUGGUGGUCUUGCCCUCCGGAGCCUUGCAAAUCAGUCGACUUCAACCGGGGGACAUUGGGAUCUAUCGAUGCUUAGCCCGGAAUCCAGCCAGCUCAAGGACAGGAAAUGAAGCAGAAGUCAGAAUCUUAUCAGAUCCGGGACUGCACAGGCAGCUGUAUUUUCUGCAAAGACCAUCAAAUGUAGUAGCCAUUGAAGGAAAGGAUGCUAUCUUGGAGUGCUGUGUUUCUGGCUAUCCUCCCCCAAGUUUUACCUGGCUACGAGGAGAGGAAGUCAUCCAACUCAGAUCCAAAAAGUAUUCUUUAUUGGGUGGAAGUAACUUGCUUAUCUCCAAUGUGACAGAUGAUGACAGUGGAACUUACACCUGUGUUGUCACAUAUAAAAAUGAGAAUAUUAGUGCUUCUGCAGAGCUCACAGUCUUGGUUCCGCCCUGGUUUUUAAAUCACCCUUCCAACCUCUAUGCCUAUGAAAGCAUGGAUAUUGAGUUUGAAUGCACAGUCUCUGGGAAGCCUGUGCCCACUGUGAAUUGGAUGAAGAAUGGAGAUGUGGUCAUUCCUAGUGAUUAUUUUCAGAUAGUGGGAGGAAGCAACCUGCGGAUCCUUGGGGUGGUGAAGUCGGAUGAGGGCUUUUAUCAGUGCAUGGCUGAAAAUGAAGCAGGAAACACCCAGACCAGUGCACAGCUCAUUGUCCCUAAGCCUGCCAUCCUGAGCUCCAGCGUCCUCCCAUCCGCUCCCAGAGACGUGGUCCCUGUCCUGGUCUCUAGUCGGUUUGUCCGUCUCAGCUGGCGCCCACCUGCAGAAGCAAAAGGGAACAUUCAAACUUUCACGGUCUUCUACUCCAGGGAAGGUGACAACAGGGAACGAGCAGUGAACACGUCGCAGCCCGGGUCCCUCCAGUUCACCGUGGGGAAUCUGAAGCCAGAAGCCAUGUACACCUUCCGGGUUGUGGCCUACAACCAGUGGGGGCCUGGGGAGAGCUCUCAGCCCAUCAAGGUGGCCACUCAGCCUGAGCUGCAAGUUCCAGGGCCAGUAGAAAACCUGCAAGCUGUGUCGACCUCACCUACCUCAAUUCUUAUUACCUGGGAACCCCCUGCCUAUGCAAACGGCCCAGUGCAAGGUUACAGAUUGUUCUGCACUGAAGUGUCCACAGGAAAGGAACAGAAUAUAGAGGUUGAUGGGCUAUCUUAUAAACUGGAAGGCCUGAAGAAAUUCACAGAAUAUAGUCUUCGAUUCCUAGCUUAUAAUCGCUAUGGGCCAGGAGUAUCUACUGACGAUGUGACGGUGGUUACGCUUUCUGAUGUGCCAAGUGCCCCGCCUCAGAACGUCUCCUUGGAAGUAGUUAAUUCGAGGAGUAUCAAAGUAAGCUGGCUGCCUCCUCCAUCAGGAACACAAAAUGGAUUUAUUACCGGUUAUAAAAUUCGACACAGAAAGACAACCCGCAGGGGUGAGAUGGAAACACUGGAGCCAAAUAACCUCUGGUACCUGUUCACAGGACUGGAGAAAGGAAGUCAGUACAGUUUCCAGGUGUCAGCCAUGACAGUCAAUGGCACUGGGCCACCUUCCAACUGGUUCACAGCAGAGACGCCAGAGAACGAUCUUGAUGAGUCUCAAGUUCCUGACCAGCCAAGCUCUCUUCAUGUGAGGCCCCAGACCAACUGCAUCAUCAUGAGUUGGACCCCUCCCUUAAACCCAAACAUUGUCGUGCGAGGUUACAUCAUUGGAUAUGGUGUCGGGAGCCCUUAUGCUGAGACAGUACGUGUGGACAGUAAACAGCGCUACUAUUCCAUUGAGAGGUUAGAGUCAAGUUCCCAUUAUGUCAUCUCCCUAAAAGCUUUUAACAAUGCAGGAGAAGGAGUUCCUCUUUAUGAAAGUGCUACCACCCGAUCUAUCACAGAUCCCACUGACCCAGUUGAUUAUUAUCCUUUGCUUGAUGACUUCCCCACCUCGGUCCCAGAUGUCUCCACCCCCAUGCUCCCACCAGUAGGUGUACAGGCUGUGGCUCUUACCCAUGAUGCCGUGAGGGUCAGCUGGGCAGACAACUCUGUCCCUAAGAACCAAAAAACGUCCGAAGUGCGACUUUACACUGUUCGGUGGAGGACCAGCUUUUCUGCGAACGCGAAAUACAAGUCAGAAGACACAACGUCUCUGAGUUACACAGCAACGGGCCUCAAACCAAACACAAUGUAUGAGUUCUCAGUCAUGGUCACGAAAAACAGAAGAUCCAGCACCUGGAGCAUGACUGCACACGCCACCACGUAUGAGGCAGCCCCGACCUCUGCUCCAAAGGAUUUGACAGUCAUUACUCGAGAAGGGAAGCCUCGCACUGUCAUCGUGAGCUGGCAGCCUCCUUUGGAAGCCAAUGGGAAAAUUACUGCUUACAUCUUGUUUUACACCUUGGACAAGAACAUUCCAAUUGAUGACUGGAUUAUGGAAACAAUCAGUGGUGAUCGGCUCACUCAUCAAAUCAUGGAUCUCAACCUGGACACUGUGUAUUACUUUCGAAUUCAAGCACGAAAUGCCAAAGGAGUGGGGCCUCUCUCGGAUCCCAUCCUCUUCAGGACUCUGAAAGUGGAACACCCUGACAAAAUGGCUAAUGACCAAGGUCGCCAUGGAGAUGGAAGUUAUUGGCCAGUUGAUACGAAUUUGAUUGAUAGAAGCACUCUGAAUGAACCACCCAUUGGCAAGAUGCACCCCCCACAUGGCAGCGUCACUCCUCAGAAGAACAGCAACCUGCUGGUGAUCAUCGUGGUCACCGUUGGCAUCAUCACAGUGCUCGUGGUGGUGGCGGUGGCUGUGAUUUGCACCCGGCGUUCUUCAGCCCAGCAGAGAAAGAAACGGGCCACCCACAGCGUUGGCAAAAGGAAGGGCAGCCAGAAGGACCUCCGGCCCCCGGACCUGUGGAUCCAUCACGAAGAAAUGGAGAUGAAAAACAUCGAGAAGCCGCCAGGCACCGACCCGACGGCGAGAGACUCCCCCAUCCAGAGCUGCCAAGACCUCACGCCCGUCAGCCACAGUCAGUCAGAGACGCAGCUGGGGAGCAAAAGCACCUCUCAUUCAGGUCAAGACACAGAAGAAGCAGGCAGCUCCAUGUCCACUCUGGAGAGGUCACUGGCUGCACGCCGAGCCACCCGGGCCAAGCUCAUGAUUCCCAUGGAUGCCCAGUCCAGCAAUCCUGCUGUCGUGAGCGCCAUCCCUGUGCCAACCCUAGAAAGUGCCCAGUACCCAGGAAUCCUUCCGUCACCCACGUGUGGAUACCCCCACCCACAGUUCACCCUCCGGCCUGUGCCGUUCCCAGCACUCUCAGUGGACCGUGGUUUCGGAGCAGGAAAAGCGGUGAGCGAAGGACCAACCACCCAACAGCCACCCAUGUUGCCCCCAGCACAGCCUGAGCAUCCGAGCAGUGAGGAGGCACCCAGCAGAACCAUCCCCACGGCCUGUGUUCGCCCAACUCACCCCCUCCGCAGCUUCGCCAACCCUUUGCUACCUCCGCCGAUGAGUGCAAUAGAACCGAAAGUCCCUUAUACACCACUUCUGUCUCAGUCAGGGCCUACUCUUCCCAAGACUCAUGUUAAAACAGCCUCUCUUGGGUUGGCUGGAAAGGCAAGAUCUCCUUUGCUUCCUGUAUCUGUGCCAACAGCCCCUGAAGUGUCUGAGGAGAGCCACAAACCAACAGAGGACCCAGCCAACGUGUAUGAACAGGAUGAUCUGAGUGAACAAAUGGCAAGUUUGGAAGGGCUGAUGAAGCAGCUUAACGCUAUCACAGGCUCGGCCUUUUAA